CUCUUAAACCUGGGACAUAAAUCAUGGGCACAGUGCUGUGUGAAGGCUGCCCCUGGCAUUUAGCUUGGCCUUGUUGCAUCAGUGCCAUAGCAGGGAUGGUCUUUUGCACAGAGAUCCUGCUGGGCUGGGUCAUGAUCUGUGUCUGUGCAAAUGCAUCUAUGGCAGUGGUGGCUCAGCAGAGCCAGACACAGCUCUCUGCCUUUUUCCCUUUCUUGUUGCUUUCCCUCUGGGCUGAGCUCCCAUGCUGCCUUGCCUUAGCUGCAGCCAGCGCAGUCUCUGGCCACUGGGGGAGGUUUCAGAAGAAGAUGGAGCACCCCCUGGGAGAGAGGUGCUUUGUAUUGCAGUGGCACACCUUGGCAGAGCACAAGAAAGAUGUAAAAAAAAAAGCCUUGGGAAUAGCCCAAAGCAAACUGCUGUCAGGCAGUGGCACAGUGGUGUCAUGUGACACCAGGGUGACUCCCAGCUUACACCAGGAUGAUUCGCAGGCCCCUCCAGGACAUUGCCAGGGCAUGAGUGUUGGCAGGGAGCACAAUAUGACCAAGUUGCCUUCUGACCUCUCAAUUGAGGCAUGGGGAUGGGGUAGCAAAGGUAGGGGAAUAGGGAGAGAGGCUGACCAAACUGCCCUGCUCUGGAAAUCAGCAACACUUUUGUCUCCUUCAGGGCUGCUGGUCAUGAAAACUAACAAUGUAACAAAUGCCAAGUGUUGGGGCUAUCUCUGGACAGCUCAGGCCAUAUUGUUUACUCACACUCCCCACCCCUCACAUAUCCCUAUAUCCCCUGUUAUUGUCUUGCUGCUUUUCUCACAAGCUCCCAUCAGGCCAGCAGUGUCACAUCUGCAGCAGACACAGGGACCCAUUGCCAUCCACACAGCCUUGGGCCCCUCACAGGUACCUGCCAGGAUGGGACACACCAUGACCCACUGGAGCCAGCCUCACGGAGGUAGGUCCCCAUCAGCUGCCAUCAGCCAGUCCAGGGCAUGCCCCUCUUCCCCAUAAAGCAGGGUUUUGGUGCUGGCUGCCUCUGGGGACACCCAGCUGCUCUCUCUCAGGUAGUGACAAAGGCAAUUACCUCACCGCUGAGCUCCCCGGCUGGCUGCUGAGACACUUACCUGAAAUUAGCCGUGGCCAGUGCAUCGCAGAGGUGAAUGCGGUUGUGAUUAUGAAUGCACUUCUUGUUUGUCUUUUCAGUGCCGAAAUCCUGUCAGCGAGGAGAAGCGAUAAUAACAUGCUAUUAAGUUCUUUCUGGAUAAUGUAAUUCAGGAGUCAGGAGGCAGUUUGGUCAUUUAUGCCUUUGAAAAGCUCAGAAUAAUUUUCAGUGUCAUUAUCUUCCAUUUUAAAGAGACCGUUUCAAACAUCAAUACCAAGAGCUCUUCUCCUCACUGCCUCCCCCUGCUUAUGUGGUUUUCUUACACUUUUUGUUCCUGUUUUCUCUGAGCUUUUAGGGAUCUGGGGUUUGUUUCCAGUCAUUCAUUCCCCCUAAACAGACCACACCCAACCCUCUCUUUCACCCUUUCUCUUUUUAUCAUAGGUUUUGGAACUCGCUGCUAUUUUAUUCAGCAUCUUUUAAGUUGUGGCUGGUGACACAUCCCUUUGUGAGGUGGGGGAGCACUGCUUGGGCCUCAGGUGCAGUGAGAGGAGGGCGAUGUGAUGUGGAUUCAGGUCUGCAGGACUGUGAGUGUUUGAAGCAGUGUCCCCCCAGGGCUAGUGAGAGGUGGGCAGAGCUGCCAUGAGAGUCUGGCUGCCCUUGGGAACGGUGACUGUCUGGGGGCACUGUGCAUGCUGCAAGUUUUGGUUGCCUUGGGAUGCCCAGGAGCAAGUCCUACUGCCCAGGCCACGGCACAGGCUCGGGGCUGGGGAGCCCAUGCAUCCUCUCCACUCUGCUACCAACCACUCCCUCACUGUCUUUCCAGGCACAGCCAUAGCCAAUGACUUAUAUACGGAGCUUGAGCCUCAUAUUUUUUGCUCAUGCUUUUGUCAAAUGUGUGCUUCAGAGUAAGCAGUUAAUGGAUACUUUUGCCCUGAAAUAGCCCCCAGGAUAGGGAGUUGAGAGGCUCCUUAGCAGAUGCAACUUCACCAGCUUACGCUGCAGGCAUGAAAACAGACAGAUGUCUCUGAGUGAAUGCAGCAAAAAUUAUUAUCCAAAACUGGGGCAGGAAAACAAUCUAGCUCCUCUCCAGCAUGCACAGAACAUGGCUGAAGAAGAGAAUUUUAUUUAUUAAGUUAACUGGCAAUGAUCCCUGAAAUGUCAGCCUUGGCCUGAAGUUUGUCUCUAAGCUUGGAAAGCAUCCUAGCCCUUCUGUUUUUAAAAGAGGAUGGUAUACGGCUCUUUCCAUUUUUUAUGUGCUGUCUCUGCCAAAGUUUUGGUGCAAAUAGGAGGGAUAAUGCCCUUCCAUUUGCUGCCUACUUCCUUCAGAGGGGAAAUGGGAUCUCCCAAGCAGAGUAGAGAAAAUCCACAGGGAGCAUGCAAGAGUCACAUCCAUCAUUAAGCCUGCUUCGUAUUGUUCAGCAACUUCUGAAGGCACUGUUGGGCACUCCUGUGCCAGCAGAGUCAGCGGUGGAGUCAGGCUGUGACCUGGCAUGAGCUUCUUUGCAGAGAGGGUGUGGGAAGACUUGCAUAGAGAGCAGACUCAUUGGCCUCGCACUGCCUAGAGGAUGUGGGAGCAUUAGCGGCACAGCGUGGCUUCAUUAGGAAGCUGGCCCAGCGUUGUUAGCAUAGAGGAUACAGUCUCCUUGGGACAGAUGUAAAGAGGGAUGAGAAUGCUCUUUCCUUUGUGAGAGGUGGAGGGGCCUUUCAAACACUUUGGCAGUCCCAGCCAUGAAUGCACAGUUCAGGGCUGGCCGAUGAUGCCAGGAAGAGAACCCUCAUGAUAGACUGGGUGCAAUGGAUGCAUCUGCUCCCAGAUGCUGUGCCUAGUGUCUGCAGAGAGGCCACAGAAACAGAGAUCUGCUGCUGAUCCAACCAUUAUGGGCUGUGCUUGCUUCCAUUGCCUGCUGACUCCCUGUUCCAUGUCUAGCUGCAAGUGCCCUUCUGAGUGCAGAGGCAAAUUAAAUGUGGUUUUUUCUAUGGCCUGCAGUAGUUGUGGGAUUUCUUCUACGAAGGUUUGCUGGUACUUGGUAUUUUAGCUUGCACUGCAGUCUCUCGCAGUGGGGGUUCUCAGAGAGUCCUCUCUCCCCUCUCCACCUACCUAUUUUCAUUACAUUUAAAAGAUUUUAAUUAUCUCUGGGUUCUGUAUGCCUCUCUUGGUUGAAACUGGAGAAAGGUUUGAAUAGAUGCUUGUCAGUAGGAAACUUGUAAAGGUUCAGGCAGCCCAGUCCCUCCUCUCAGGGCAGCUUGAUGGGAUAAGCUGUCUGCCCCUAAAAAAAUUACUAAUAAGGGAAACACAAAGGAAAAAAGAGAGAAAAAAUGGUGAAAAGUAGAGGAAAAUGGAUGUCUUAAAUGGCUUAUUAUAUCAGCUAGAUGCCCAUUCACUCUGCCAGCAGCCUGGACAGCUUAGCCCCACUCCCAUCAAAAAGUUGUGUCUUGCACUUUGCUUCUCUUCUUGCAUAUUUGUUCUACUUGCAACUGGUUUUCUGAGCCUGAUUUCUCUGAAGUUUCUGCUACACUGGAAGCCUGUGUGCUAUCACUUCAUGGCACUGCUGGCUGGUGCUAUGGGCACAGAAAACAAGGCACAAGGAGGGACUGACAGCACGGGGCACAGCUUCCCUUGGCUCCCUGCUUUAGCUGCAAGGCAGAUGUUGCCCCAUCUUAGCUGCAUGAAGCUGGUAGGGCUGUGCCCACCUGCCCAAAGCAGUCUGCAUGGCAGACCCAUGUGCUGAGUCACUUCCCUGUUGCUUUUCUUACUGCACCCUUCCUUCUUAGCCCACUCUGCAGUGAUGUUUAUCUUAUGCUUGGUUUACCUCUCCAGGCUGAAGGAGACUUGGCUGUGGAUUUGGAUAUAUUGUAAAGAUGCUGAUGUUGCUAAUGAACUAUCCUUGUUGUGGAGGGAUGUUGGGUUUGGUUUAGAUCACUUCAAAUACCAAUAGUUUAGUCUUUAAUAGUGGUGUAACUGAGACCUCUGCUCAGCCUGGGCAGCUGAGACAGGCACAGCAGUCAGGCUAGAGGCAUUUUGGUAAGGCUGUGAGGAGAGCCAAGUCUGCAAUGGCAUCACCAGGCCAGGAGUUUGUCAACCAUUCCUGUAGAAGCACCAGCUCUGGCAGGAAAGUCUUAGAACAUUGCAAGAACAGGGCUCAGGGAACCCUGUGUGCUCAGAGGAUGUGGGCUCAGCAUGGGCAUGAUGUUCAGCCCCAGCUCACUUCUGUAUUUGCUUUAGCUAAUAACACUAUUCAGGUUCCAUAAGUCAUCUGAAAACUACCUGGCUCCUAGCAAGGAGAAUUUGUAAUGGAGAUCACUGCAGUGUGAGAGCAGGUAAGUUUUCUCCUGACAGCUAAUUCAUUCCUGUGCUCCUCUUCCAGCCAUCUUCUGGGAUUUGAGGCUGUGGAGCUGGUAGUAUGAGUGUGCAUAUGUGUGCUGACUUCUGUGUGUGCACAUGCUGGCUGGAACACUGAACUCCAGCCUGUGCUGGUUUGCUCCCGGUGCGCCGCCUUCUCCACGCUCCGCCGGCUGUGCGGUCAGAGACCUCCCAGCACCAGUGCCAAAGGACUGCAACAGACCCCUGGGUGGCAGCAGGCCAUUUGCUUGAUGGAUUAUCCACUCCAAGCAUGAGACAGUAAUCUUCAGAGGAACAGGCACAGAGAAAGGGGCAGAGUUAAUCACUUUGAGCAUGGACAACAGCUGGAGAAGGAGGGGGUGAGCAAUUCUAAGAGAAAACAGUGUGGUUUGGAGGGGAAGAAGAAGCAAAAGGGAAAUCAAAAGCAUGCAGCAAAAAGUCAAGGGCUUUUGCUUGGUCAGGAGAGACAGAAGAUGACUGGGUUUAUUACAGCAGGGUGGGACUCAGCCUCCACCAGCACCCUCAUUUUGUCAUUGAUUUCUCACAUGUUCAGUGGAAACAGCUGCCCACCGAUCUCUCCACAGUGGGACACUGCAUCCUCUGCCCAUAAAUACACAAACUGCACAGUUACAAAUGGGAGAGGUUGGGGAGCAGAGUGGUGUUUAAUCUCUGACCUCAUUGCCUGUACUGGGAUAGCAAUAAGAAGUGCUCAGGCAGGUAUAUUAUGCCUUAUAGAUUCAAACAACAGAUUCUGCUUGAGACUAUAUUAAGAAGUGGGGAAUUUAGAUUACAAAGGCAGCUCUAUGUUACUGCAACAUUCACAUAGAGGUGUUUUUGAACUCCAUACUACAUUACUCCAGGGAAGCCAUUCUGGGGCUCACACCAAACCAGCUGUAUGCUGUGCUGAGGGUUUUUCACUUUUCUGAUCUACAGUGAGGAUAUUAGCCACUAUUUCCAAAUCUUAAUGGGUUAUCUCUAGGCUUCUAGCAGCCUACACGGCAUCGCUCAUUUCACAGAAGGGCUUUGAUAUACAGGGAUUGAAAGCAUUGCAAGUCCUGAGUAUUAAUGCUUAGUUAAAAAUUGAAUAACCAAUGUCAAGAGACAGGAUACAUUUAUAUUGUCAUGGCAUGUGCCAAUGGAUGAUCCCACUACAUGCAGUCUUUCAAUUUGUUUUUCUUUUGUUUGGCCACAGAAGGAUGUGAUAUGGCACAGAGAUUUUGCAAGGUUUGGGACACAGUCAAGACACCUAAAGUGAGAGCCUUGUAAGCACCACUGUUUUGUUGUGGGUUUUUAUCGAUGUCAGUUCAAACGGAAAUCUAGACCAAUCCUGGACUGAAGUCCCUGAGAAUACUUACAGGCUGUUCACCACCUCUGCUCCAGGGCUACAGGAAUAAAGCAAAUGUGUACACUAUUCCCAGACACAAAUCUUCUAGUUCUCUUUUGCUGGAAGGACAAACCACAUGCUCUAAAUCUGGCAUUACACAGACUAAAGGACAAUGGAUGGAAAAAAGUAAUUAAAAAUAUUAGCAGUAUUUACAAUUGAAAACCACAAUUUGUAAUAUGAGACUGGAAUCUUAAUGGCCAGAUUAGACCAAUACUCCAUUUAGUCCAGUCUGCAACCUCUAGUAGUUCUUUCUGGCUGGUGCAGAGGGCGGUGGAAAAGCCACACAAAUGGGCAACACUUAGAACUUGCCAAGUAGAGCAGUUUCUUCCUACUUUAUACUUCUAUUUAUAACAGGGCUAAACUUAUAACAAGAAAGUUUGUAUCUCUUAGAUACAUUUAUGAAUAUAUAUGUAUGUAUUUACAUAUAUUGCAGCUGUGCCUGAGUACCUUGAAACUGUUAUAAGCAAUGCAGGGCAUAGUAACAAACCAACUGACUGUGUCUUUCUGGGCCCAGCCAUUCCUUGUGAUACAACAGUGGCAAAGACUGAGUCACUUGGUGACAGUGGUCACCAAGGUGUCCUGUCCAAGCCUUCCUAGUCAUAUGAAUCACUUGGCUCUACCACCAGAUAAUCUUAGGCACUUAAGUUGUGUGGGCUGGAGUUGAAUCACCAAGACCAUAUGAGCCAUCUCAGUUCCCAAGAUCAGUUCAGUUGCUCCAGUCCACUGCAUGAUAAUUCCAGAGCCAAGCCUGCCUUCCUUCCUCCCUUCCUACCUCUUUCUCAAAAUCUACCUCUGUGUAUAAUAAGAGGCUAACUUAAACUGAUUUCCAUGCCAAGUGCAUCAGUUGUUUUAGAAAGUAAUUUGGGCUUGGAGAACCUCUUCUGUUCCCUCCCACUAACUGGCCUGAUGUUUGGGAUGUUGGGGAGCCAGAGAAAAGAUCCUGCUGGUCCCUGUGGAAGAAGGAAUCAGUUGAUGGGAAGAACUGCUGUCUGUCAUGGCUUUUGGAGAGAAAGUCAAAAGUGCAGGCUGCAAGGGUGUUGUCUGAAGAAUCUGAAGGGGGAGGAGUUGAGGGCCUUGAAUUGGAGUCAAUGGACAAAGGAGAUGAAGGUGGAGGACUCUUCAUCUAUAAAAUCCCAGACUUUGUAUAUGGGGUUGUGGAGGGAUAGAAUGUAAGAAAAUAGUGCAGAAGGUAGUCUCACCUGAGGAGUUGCAGCUGCACUAAUCACCAAAG